AGUCACCGGCCGCCAACGCGAGACCACUACUUCCUCGGGGCACAAGGCGGACUACAACGCGAUUAAUAUGAAUUCGAUAGCGUAUAUGAAGGUGCACAUCGCCCCCUCCUUCUCAUUUGUCAUGCAGAAUACCCAGUCCACACUUUGCCUCUUGGCACUGUUUGCAUGACAAGUUCUGGUAGCCCAAGUAGCACUAUAAUCCAGUCUAAAUUUGUCAUGCAAAGCCGGCACUUUUGCUGAUGCAUGCCUGUAUUGCUGUUCAUGCAAUACAAAUGAGGAGGAAGGGUUGUGCACUGUCAUAGCGUACUUUCAUCUGCUCGACCAGUUCCAAUCUCCGAGUUCGGAUGACUCGGGUAGAAAUUUAAUAAAACUGUAUUGAUUUGUAAUGCUGAUAUCGCUCGGAAAACUAAGGUUUGUCAUGCAAGAUAUUAUCACAAUCACUUCACAUUCACAAGGACUUCUUCUAUCUAGGGACUGUUUCUACUUGUUAUUUUCCAUGCACAACAUCAGGCCGCAACGAUAACGAGCUGCAAGCGAGGCACCAGGUGGGUGCUUACGCUGGUACCGGCCCAGGACAGGAGCAAAGCGAGGGUAACAAUUCGAGUUCGUCGGGAGAACAAGGUAAUAUGCAACUUAUUCUUCAGUAUCGUCUGCAUUGUAUAAAAAAAUCUGCGAUGUAGUCUUGUGUCUGCAGGGACUAGCAUAAAAGACACAGUACAGUUCUGCGGCAAUUUAUGUUCUUGAUCUAUCAUCAUGUGCACUGAAAAAAAUUUAUCUUGUGAAUACUAGUGAUGCUUUGAUGUUUUUACAACAUUUUAAACGAUGAAAAAAAUCUCGACACCAGCCGUUCCUGAGGUGGAGGCUCCUGCAGCAAAGCAGAGUCAAGAAGAUCAAGCGCAGACGACGGCAGUGCAAGAGCAGGGAGCUGCAACCUCGACCGAGCAAGAACCUGCCUCUGCUGGUGAGCAAACCGCCACUGAUGUGGCGGCCACAAGAACCCCGCUGCACAGCAAGAGCACCACGACCCUUGGGGCGGAAGGACCGGAUGGCGCCGAAGAU